AUGGAAGUCGAGCAAACCGCCAGACCAAACUCUGAAUCCGAAAAAAAGGCCAAGGAAAAUAGUAGCGCAGCCGGGAAUCAUGGAGAUACUCAUAUGAAUGGUAUGUCCAACGGGUUCGAUCGCAAGAAAGAGCACAAGUCCGAGCGUAAAGACAAGGAGAGAUCUCAUAAGUCUGAGCACCGGGACAAGGAUCGCAAGGAUAAGGAGAAGAGCCACAAGUCUGAGCAUAAGAGCAAGGAUCGCGACAAAGACAAGGAGAAGGAUAAAGAUCGGCAUAAGGACAAGCACAGCUCCUCCAAUGGCUCGAGCUCCAAGGAUAAGGAUAAGGAUAAGGAUAAGGACAAGGACAAGGACAGGCAUGCUAACAGCUCUAGUAGCAAGGAUAAAGACAAGGAUAGGAAGAGCAGUUCCUCUGGCAAAGAUAAGGACAAGGAACACAGGAGCAGCAGCUCGGUUACCAAAGACAAAGAAAGGGAUAAAGACAAAAAGGAUCAUCAUAAAUCUAGUUUGAGUUCUAAGGAUAAAGACAAGCAUCAUUCAAGCUCGAAAACAAAAGACAGUAAAGAUAAAGAAAGGAGCAAGGACAAGGAUCGGCAUCACCAUGAAUCCUCCCGGGAUAAGGAAAAAGACAAGACAUCCUCAAAAGACAAAGACCGUAGACACAGUUCGUCUAAGGACAAAGAUCGACAUUCCACGUCUCAUUCUUCGUCAAAUGAUAAAGAUAAGUCCAGGUCGGACAAAGAUCGGCACCGCCAUGAUAAAGACAAGGAUCGGCAUCGCCGUGAUAAGGAUAAAGACAAGAAGAGUCGCGAGGACCGCGACAAGGGUGAAGUUAAAGAAGAGAUCGUCGUGAAGGAGGAGGAAAAGAGCCAGGUUUAUAAUGAUUCUCAGGCUUAUGAAGAGAAACCUCUGAUUAAAAAUGAGCCUGUGAGCCAGGUGCAGGUAGCCGAGGAUGAAGAUGACUCCAACAGUGAAAACGGUCUUUGUAUCAACGAAGAUGAUGGUAAUGAUGCCACGGAUAGAAAUGUUAAAAGAGAGGAAGAGGAUGAGGAUGAGGAUUACAAGCAGGAACAGAACAGCAUGAAUUCUUCGGAUGCUAACGAUACCAGGCUGUCUGAUUUGCACAAUACCACUCUGAAGACAGAAGAAGAGUCUGACGAAGACUUACCACUGAGUGUACGUAAACCGUCUCAAAAUUCUAAGAGAAAAGUUGACUCCUCGGAUGAUGAAGAUGAUGUUCCUUUGGUAGCUAGGAAGAAAACUAAAAAGGAGGUUGUUAAGAAGAAAAAGAAGAGAAAACACUCUGAUGAUGAAGAGGAGAAUGAUUAUGAAGAAGUUAAAGCUAAGUCAAAGAAAAAGAAAACGGCAGCCAAGCCUGUAAAUAAUGCGUCUCCGAGGAAGAAAAAGAAGGACGAAGAAGAAACAGAAGUUUGGAAAUGGGGAAGGGGAAAUAAACAAGGAGGUCCUGUGUUUGCUCCAGAGUAUGAACCACUGCCUCCAUCAGUUAAAUUCUACUACAACGGCAAAGAGAUGAGGCUCACUGAGCCAACUGAAGAAGUAGCAACAUUCUACGCUCGUAUGUUAGAGCACGAUUACACUACCAAGAAAAUAUUCAAUGACAAUUUCUUCAAAGACUGGCGCGAAGUAAUGUCAGAGUCUGAGCGCAAAACAAUUACGGACUUGAGCAAGUGUAAUUUCCGACCAAUGCACGAUUACUUUAUCCAAAAGUCUGAAGAGCGCAAAGCAAUGACCAAGGAAGAGAAGAAAGCGCUGAAGGAAAAGAACGAUGAGAUAACUAAAGAGUACGGGUUCUGUACCAUCGAUGGACACAAAGAAAAAAUAGGAAACUUUAAGAUUGAACCGCCAGGUUUGUUCCGAGGUCGUGGUGAGCAUCCCAAGAUGGGCAAGCUUAAAAAACGAGUAAUGCCGGAAGAUGUUUUGAUAAAUUGCUCAAAGAAUUCUGUUUUUCCGAAACCACCACCUGGCCACAAGUGGCGAGAGGUUAGACACGACCCCACGGUAACGUGGUUGGCUUCUUGGACUGAAAAUGUCCAGGGGCAAGUCAAGUAUGUCAUGUUGAACCCGUCGAGUAAAUUAAAGGGAGAAAAAGAUUGGCAGAAAUAUGAGAUAGCGCGAAAAUUAGCCAAGUCUAUAGAUAAAAUUCGUGCUGAGUACCGCGAAGACUGGAAGAGCAAAGAAAUGCGGAUUCGACAGAGAGCUGUGGCACUGUACUUCAUUGACAAACUAGCUCUGAGAGCUGGUAAUGAAAAAGACGAGGACCAAGCGGACACCGUUGGUUGCUGCUCGUUACGUGUUGAGCACAUUACUUUACACGAGCAGAAAGACGGUAAAGAAUUCGUCGUUGUGUUCGAUUUCUUGGGUAAAGAUUCUAUCAGAUAUUACAACGAGGUACCGGUUGAAAAACGCGUGUUCAAGAACCUACAGCUGUUCAAAGAGAAUAAAUCUGAUGGAGAUGACUUGUUUGAUCGGCUUAACACCGCUGUGCUGAACAAACAUCUCACUGAACUUAUGGACGGGCUCACUGCCAAAGUCUUCAGGACGUAUAACGCUUCUUGGACCUUGCAACAGCAGCUUGAUGAAUUGACUGAUCCUGAAUAUUCGGUUGCUGAAAAAAUUCUUGCUUACAAUCGGGCCAAUCGCGCUGUUGCUAUUCUUUGUAACCAUCAACGGUCUGUUCCUAAAGGACACGAUAAGUCUAUGGAAAAUUUGAACGCUAAAAUUGAAGCUAAGAAAGACGCUAUCAAGGAAGCUGAAGGUCAAGUUAAAGAUACCAAGCGGGAAGCUAAGCAUGGAUCGAUGAAAGCUAAAGAUGCACAUGAUAAAGCUAAGAAGAAAUUGGAAAAAUUAAAAGAACAACUGACUAAAUUAGAGGUACAACGAACUGACCGUGAUGAAAACAAAGCUAUCGCCUUGGGAACGUCUAAGCUCAAUUAUCUCGAUCCGCGAAUUACUGUAGCAUGGUGCAAGAAAAAUGACGUGCCAAUUGAAAAAAUAUACAACAAAACUCAGCGUGAUAAAUUCAGGUGGGCGAUAGACAUGGCGGGACCCGAUUAUGUUUUUUAA